GGCUUGGAGCCCUGGCGGGGGCUGCCUGACGUCACCGGCCUCUCUGGCAAUAGGCUGCGAGCUGAGCUCCCCAAAGCGGUGGCGGCGGCAGCGGCAGCGGCGCGCCGCUUGGUCUCUGGCCCCUUCACUCGGAGCCUUCUGCAGCCGCCACUGCAGCCGCGGCGGGGGGCUCCCUCCCUGCAGCCAGCGGGCGGCCCCAGCCUGGUGCCUUGGAAAAGGAAAAGGGUGUUCAGACAGACACGUUGUCGGUGGGGCAGAGAGGAUCUCGGGGCACUGCUCCCACACUCGCCCAGCAACCGCCCUUUGCUCCCUCGUCCUUUGUGCACUUCCCUCGGCUGGAGGGAGCAGUCUGGGGUGGCUGGCCGUCAUUGUCAUCGUCUCGCUGCUGGGAAUCUUGUGCACAGCGAGGAGGAAGUCUUUUGGGCCCCGGCCCCUCCCAGCCCAGCGCUCAUGAGUGCCCGGGCGCCCAAGGAGCUUAGGCUGGCACUGCCGCCGUGUCUCCUCAACCGGACCUUGGCUGUCCCCCAUGCCGGCAGCGGUGGUAACGCGAGUGCCCGCAGCCCAGGCGCCAGCGGCACCUGCAUCACGCAGGUGGGACAGCAGCUCUUCCAGUCCUUCUCCUCCACGCUGGUGCUGAUUGUCCUGGUCACCCUCAUCUUCUGCCUCAUCGUGCUGUCCCUCUCCACCUUCCACAUCCACAAGCGCAGGAUGAAGAAGCGGAAGAUGCAGAGGGCUCAGGAGGAGUAUGAGCGGGAUCACUGCAGUGGCAGCAACGGCAGGGGGGUGUCCCGGGCGGGGCCCCCGGUCCAGGCCCCAGUCCCAGUCCCAGUGAAAGAAACGCGGCUGGAGAGGCAGCCCCGGGACUCUGCUUUCUUCGGCCCCUCAGCCUCGCCCUCCCCUUGUUCCCCCAGCCUCCCAAGCCAGGGCUCCUGCCCUCCUCCCCCUCCACCACCUGUCCCCAGUCCUCAAGGGGCACACUUGGCCUCCUCCUGUUUGGACACAGCUGGUGAGGGCCUUUUGCAAACGGUGGUACUGUCCUGACUGUCUGACCCCCCCCCUUCCUCCUUUCCAGAACCUUUGCUACCCUGGAUCUCCUGCCUUUGUCCUCCCUGCCCCUCUGGCCUCUCUUCUCUCUCAUCUCUCCCGUCCCCCUACCCUGACUCUGCUUCUCCUCCGCCGAGGCACUGUGCGGUAUUUGUAAAUAUUGGGCAAGGAAAGUCUCGGAAGAAGAAAUAAUGCUGAUAACAAUACUUUAUUAUAUUUAUAGUAAUUAUUAUACUACUAAUAACACAAUCCAAGCGCAUGACAAAUCACCUAAUUUCUCACUGUCCAUGAAGGAUAAUUCUUCCCCUUCCACCCUGCGCCCACCCCCCUCAGUUUGGAGGAGAAACUGCUUUAGCUACCAAAUAUAUAAAAGGCAUUGCACCCCAGAGCAAAGGGAGUGGAGAGGACCGUGUGUUGUACAUAGCUGACAAGUUAAGGUUCAGUUACCUACCUCCCCGCCCCCAAGCUUUCACUUCUCCUUGGGUGUCCCCCACAUCCCCAUCCUUAGCCAGGCUCAGGCAAUAGUAUAGUUUAAAGAAAAUGUCUGCUUUAAGCACCAGGACUACAAGAGGCCACAAAAAAAAUGGUCCCAGAAAAACAUUUAUGGCAGGUAUCACUCUCUCCUUCAUGAGCCAGUCCCUUAUCUGAGAAUAGGCAUUUUUACUUUCCUUUUAGAAGUGCCCCUCGCUGGCCGAGCAUAGGUCUAAAAUAAUUAAAUGAGCUGUUAAAUUUUAAAAAAAAUUACUAAAAGAAUCUGCUUUAGCUCCUUGCCCUGCCCCACAUGUACACCUUUGACUCUUGGCAUUUUCAGGAUUAAGUGGACCCAGGAGCUGUCCAGCCACGUCGGAUGCUGAAAUUGCAUCACCGAACUGGUUCCUUUCUCUGGUUGUGCAGGCAGAGGAGGGGCUAUUUUGGAAAGUGACUACUCUGCUUGGUGUUGGUUUCUUUCUUCUUUUUCCACAAUCCAGUUUGUGUGUUCUAUUAGUUUUCUUAUUAUACAUUGCGUAAGUUACCUUUUUGUAAAAAAGUAUUAGCUGAUGUGUAGUACUGAAAGUGCAGUAUUUAACCAACCAGAAUGUUUGUUUUAUUUUUAGAACAAGUGCACCUUUGUUAUAUAUUAUAUUAGUACCAAAAUGCAGAAGCAAACAAAGUCUGUACUAUGUCCUCCAAACAGUAUAUUAUUGUUCUUAAUUUUCAGCUAUUGAUAAAAUGGUUACUACUGGAAGAGUAAUUCAGUGGCGCAGGCCUAGCUUCUGCUGAUUUUAGAAGUGUAAUUUUGUACCUUACUCUGUAGUAGACUGUUAUAAAAAUAUGACACGUAUGUUUUCUUUUUUUUCUUUUGCAAAUAACAGAAACAACUACCACAACAGAAACAAGUAAUGGAUGUGCAGGAAUGCCAUCUAUUAAAACAUGGUUAAUAUUUAAACAGUGCGUGUAGUCCUCCCUGCAUGCAGUUAACCAGUUGGAAGCAGCGGGUGUGUGUGCUUGCUUGUACGGUUUGUGUUUGGAGGUGAGAUUUGUGGGGAUAUUGGGCAAUUUGGAUGACAGGACAUGUAAAUUUCAAGAGCGUUAAAUCUAGUAACUACUUGUUGGUUAAAAAUGUUUGCAGUUUGUUUAGAAAUCUAUACCAUAUGCAGUAAAGGAGGAGUCUCUUUCUGUUUGUGAGUCUUGUUUACCAAUUAAAUUGAAAACAAAGAUUUUUUAAUUGUUUUUAAAAAAUUAGGACGAUCAAUAUGUUUUUCUUGUCCUAAAGUAAGAUAAGGUGAUCUGUGUUAUAAAUGGAGUUUGUACUUAUUUUCACUUUUUUCCUUCAUAGAGUGUCCAGAAGCAUAUUAUAAUCUAAGUUAUACUCAGUGGUACAUUUUCUUGAAAAUCAAUUCUUUAAUGACUAUUUAAAUAUUUGGAAAGUGUAUGAAUGAGAAUGUUCUAUAGAAAGCACAUGCAAAAGAGUCCUUACUAACUUUCAAGGUGCAAGGCAGCUGUCCCCUAGUUACUAUUCUAAGUAGCAGUUCAAAGCAUAUGUGCUCUUAAUCAGAUAAUGACCUAUAACAUGAGAGGAGGAAACAUUUCAAGUUGUCCAAGGUUAUUUUGCAUCUUUCAUAAAAUUAGUUUAGUAAGCUUAACUUUAAUAGUCCAUUUUAUAUACAAAUUUUUGGCAGUGACUGGAAGUACAGAGGGCCAUCACUUAAUGCCCUAUUAUAAUGUUAGGAAGAUGAGGUAUAAUAAUCUUUGGAAUGGAACAUAUUAAAUAAGGAACUAUAUCUUCUCCAGUGUCUUAUCCCAGUAAUAGGUGAAAGUGCAUUAACUCCCUCUGCCACUAGGGAAUCCUGUAGUGUACUAGAGCUCUUCAUUCUAUACCAGAACGACUGAGGCAUGAUGAAAAAGAAAGUCUAUUAAAUUUUGAAGUUUUGUAACUCACCCUCAUUCAAUUGUAGCUUUUUUAAUAGCUUAUUACAGAAUGACGUUUCAGACUUAAAAUUUGAAUAGAAUCAAGAACUCAGAUGGGAGUUUUGCUCAUGUUCAGUGAGCUCUACUAAGUGAAUGGAUAUUACUUUCUCCCCUGUAUUUGGUGCACAUUUUACAGUGAAUAACUUCCCAUUUUACUAAAGCAAUAAGAUGUUUUGUUGUAAGAAGUGCUGGAUGAUGAUUCUAUUUCCUUGGUGCUGAAGCUACUCAUACAUUCUUGCCUUAUGAAUCACAGUGCAUUCAAGGCAUGCAAUAAUAAUCCCCAAUCAAAGAAGCAGCCCAUACACUAAGGGGUGAUUAUGAGAUUCUCUUAUAUACUUUCCCUCAAAGGAAUAGAGCAAAGAGGAGAAAUAAAAGCAUUGUGUAUUGUUGUUUGAGAAGAGAUCUCGAUACCUCUAAACACGGGCACACAUCCAUAAAGUGCUUUUAUAGUGCAUCUUUCUCCAUAAAUUGACUAUGUUUGACUACUUUCAAUACUGCUUUGCAUAAAGAUAAUGUAGUUUGAGUAAAAUGUAGUGCUGAGUUAAACAUAUUCAAAACCCUGAGCUUCUGGCAGUAUCAAUUAAAAUUUCUUAGGAGAGAAUAGGCAAAGUUCUAAUAAUGCCAUUCAAUACCAGUUUAUUGCAACAAGUACAUACACAGCAAUUUGCACAGACCCUGUAUAAGCAUUGUUUCUGAUAAAGAUCAGCAGUAUGAAGCAUUUGGGAUGUCUGUAUCAGGGCCCUAGGAUUUUGUUUACAUAAGUGAAACAAAAGGUAAUCUGAAAUAGUUAUAUUUUAAGGAUAUUAUACACUGAUGUCCCGUCAGACUAAUUGCUUCAGAUCCCUACAACCACAGCUCAACUUCUGCACUUGCUAUUCAGUAUUAAUAAGGUGGCAUGCUUGAUUCUUACUGUCUUUUUUUAAAAUGAGAACACUGCAGAGAGAAUACUAAUAUGUCAACUGUAUGGGCCUUUGAAUCUUAAAGAUGUAGAUAGAUAUAAUCUUCUUUAGAAUUUAUAUAUACCCAUAGAUAUGUAUUUAUAUAUGCAUACCUUUUGUAUAAAUUUACAAUGGACUUUUUGUAUUCUCUUUUUUUGUCAUUACAAGAAUGAGUUAGAAACUAAAUAGUUGUCCUAUCCUCUUAAUGGUAGAGGAUACUGAAUAGUCAAUAUAUGCAUGUACUUAGUUCUCCAGGGGUCACAUUUGAAUGACGUUCUCUUUAGUAAAAAGAAAGAAUCCUGGUUGGCUUGGGGAAUUUGUAAUUAGAUAAGCUUCUUUUGUUAGUGACUCAAAUGUAGCAAUGAGAAUGAAUUUGUGACCAUAUCUAUGUGGUAUAAAUAUCUAGAUGGGAAGCAGAAUCACCUAGAAAAGUAAAGGUCUAGGACCACCCAGACCACAAACCUGGGCAGUGGCUUGAGAUUUUAUUUUCAACCUAUAUGUUGUGUGGAGAAACAAACUUAUAUUUGCAUAGCUAAAGAAAAAUAUGACCAUUAUCUGUUUAGUUAAUCAUAAGUAGUUUGGGGGCAGUAUGGAUAAAUUAGCUUAAAAUACCUUUGUCAUCUGAUUUUCCCACCCUUUCUGUCUGUAUCAGUUGGAUUAAUUAGAGAAUGGUUAAAAUUCCAUUUUUCUAUUGUGCACACAUAUGCUUUUUUGUGGAUGACAGUUGAAAAACAGCUAGCUGAUACCUAUGAAAGUUAUAGAUUAAAUUAGGACCAGGAAGUCGAAUAUGCUCAGACUCCUCAAUUCCAUUCCCAUGUGUCCGGGACUUGGAAUCAAAAAGGCCACGGAUCUGGACCCUCUCUCUCACUCUCUCUGGUAGUGGUUGUGGCUCAUUAAGUUGUGAACAAAAAUAUCUAUUUCAAGGGGUGGUAUUUAAAAACUCGGUUAAACACAAGGUUGAUUCUGUUUUAUAUUUACUUGAUAACAUUGAGCCAUAGAAGCUUGUUUCUCAAAUGCUAAUACUAAUGUCAACAACCUACUAAUACAACUGGUGCCAUGUAGGAAUAUUUGACUAAUUUAACUUGGAAUGGUGAAAAUGUCUUAGUUUGAGAAAGGGAUAUUCCCUGACACUUGUGAUUUCAUUGGCUGUUUCUAGAGAGAGGUAAACAACAAUGAAAACAAUAGAAAAAUUGGUUUUUGAACUCAAGUAUAUCCAACAGGCAGAAUAAAACAGAUAUUUGAAUUCAUAGACAAUUUGUUUUGCUUUUCUAUAAAUAAAAGUGUUUUAUUGUUAAUUGGG